UGGCCCAAGCAUGUGCCACACGUUGCCAGCAAAGCUCAAUAGUGCCUCCGAUGGUAGCGCAGCCUUUGCGCCGACCCAUCCGGUUAGGCGAAGAUGACCUCGACAACGUGACGCCUGACAUUCAAAGUUCGAUUCUGUCCGCCUUGUUGCAGGACCGGCCGUCUUUGGAAAAGGAGAGCCCCCCUCGUCGGAGGGAGGCUACAGGCGUACCAGGCAUGAGUCGGCCUCCACUGCCACAAGCUGGUGCCGCUGUCUUGAACCGUGAGACUCGCGAGGUACGUCGCCCUCGUUCCGGAGACAACUCGUUGGUCUCCAGCAUGGCGUCGCGCUUGGCGCAGGUGGAGCAGACCAACAAGCAGCUGACAGCCAAGCUUCAGAAACAGAACCUGGAGAUGGAAGAGCUGCGAGAGCAGCUUGCCAGGGCCAGGCAACACACCUCUCCAGGGUGUGACAGCGAAAGCCUGCUUCAAGCUGAAUGCGACCGUUUGAGCCGCCAAGUGGAGGAGAUGAAACAGUUUAUGGCAGACUACGGCCUGCCUUGGCGACCUCGUUCGGGAAGUGGGGUCGCAGUUGAUAUUCAGGUAAUCCAAACCAGGAUCGAGGCGUUGAAUUCUGCUUUGGAGCAGGAGACAAAGGUCGUGCAAGAGAAGGCAGGUGGUGGUGUGUGUGCUCGAUUGAGCACCAUGGAGACCCUGCCGCUGACCUUCUUCAGAGAUGGCUUGAAGCUGGCAGAUCAUGGUUUCAUGCUUUUUCAGUCCAGCUCUGCGCAAGAUGCCAUCAGAGAUCUUUUGGAGGGUUUUCUUCCUCGACAACUGCGGGAAGAACAUCCGAAAGGUGUCGCCCUGAAGGUGCUGGAUCGCACCAAGAUGAGCUUUCGCCAGUGGCUGAAGGAGGCCAUGGAAGACCCAGAGCUCGUGGAUGGUGGUUCACGUCUUCGAGUUUCAGUGGGGCAAGCGCUUCAUGAUCCUCAGGACACGCGCAGCGCCUCGGAACGCUUCGUGGCGCAGCUGCCGGAGCGUGUGCUGCGGAAGGGUCAGGUCUGUCAAGUUCGCUCAGCGAUAGCACAGAGGCUUGGUGUUGAUGCUGGUCCACGGAGCGCUUCAGCCCCCCCACCAUCAGGUCACCAGGAAGUUGCUUUGCUGGCCAUUGGCCGACCUGCGGACGCACCAGCUGCACGACUGCAGGUGAAGUUGGAAAGUGGACAGAAAGUCCUUCUGAAGAUGGAGUUUGACGCGACCAUCGGUGAUUUGUGGGAAGCCCUGGCAGACUGGCGGUCGAAGCAGAAGGUGGGGCGAACCCGACCUGGAGCUGUGCUGAGGACCGCUUUUCCACCCAAGUCCUAUACAGACAGAAAGCAGACUUUGCAGGAUGCUGGCUUGACCCCAAGCGCUACAUUAUUUGUUGGCUAUGAGGACUCUCAUCAGCACCCUGUCUGAGUAGCGAUGCCUUUUGAAGGAUCCCAGUGAUCCAAAACGGUCUCGACGGAUUCUCCACAUAAAGCUGUGGACAGUCAUGGUCAGAGUCACGGACGGGCAAUCCAAGGAAGGUCCAAAGGAUUGAAAGAUGAUGGUCUCCAUGUGUACAUAGUCCAAUUGCCUCUCACCCAACGAGAAAACAUCGUCGCUGUGUUUCUGUGUUUCGGUGCUCGGCAGCGACGAGAUUCAACAAGCAGCGACAGCAGCUUUGCU